AUGAGAUACCGGUUUAAUAAUCUGCGACAAGGAUCUAUGACGGUCACUGAGUACGAAGCUAAGUUCACCGAGUUGUCUCGGUAUGUUCCAUCUUUGGUUGCAGAUCAGAGGGAGAAAGUAAGGCGAUUUAUGGAUAGACUAGAGGCUCCUUAUCGUGGUCCAAUGAUACGGGAUGUGCGUAAUGGAUCCUAUUCUGAGGUGGUUGACACUGCUCUCUGUUCUGAGUCCUAUUAUGAGAUGGAAAGGAUUAAUCGAGAAAACAAGAAGGCACGUAACUCUGGUGGGUUUAGUGGUGCUCCAUCUGGGAGCAAAAGUGGUUUUGAUCGUGGACAGUCUAAGCCUACGCAGCCAGAAAAUCAUAGUGGGCGUUGUUUUGGAGUUGGUGGUCCAUGUUAUACUUGUGGUGAAAGAGGGCAUAUUGCUAAGUUUUGUCCAAAAGGAAAUUCUGGUUCUAGUCAAACUAUUGCACAGAUACAGAGAGAUGUUGCAGGUACUCAUGCUCACACUCAGCCAGCUAGGGUUGCUCCACAGGGUACUCGUGGACAGGGUCGAGAUGGUGCUCAGGGUUCUUAG